UUGACGCGUAGUGAUUUAUUUUCGCCCUCGUUCUGAAUCGAAAUGAUUCAUUCACUGUUUACAUUUCAAAAUAAUCGGACGUGCAUUUUGGAUAACAGGAUCUGGAAAAUUUCCUUGUCGGGUCAAGUUUACUUCAUCCCGUUUGCUUUUGGAUAAGUAGAUGGGCAUAUCUGUAAGAAAGAUCUAUAUUGGAGUCAGUGCCAUCCUAUUUGUGUGUAACUUGUGUGUCAAUUGUACGAAUGAUUUGAAGUGCACAGAUAACACAUACUACAGAGUGAAGAAAAAUGGCCAAGCCUUUUGUAAGAAAUGUCCAGCGUGUAAAGGUGGUGGCAUAGGAUGGAACACAACUGCGGAAAGAUUAGAAGAUGAGCAUGGAUUUAGAUCUUGUUAUCCGUGUGCCAAAUGUUCUGGCGGUACGUAUCGAGAACUAGAUUCUGACGACUCGAAGUGUAAACCUUGUACGCUUGAUUGCCUUAGACUCCGUAGAUAUGGUUCUGUCAGAUGCGGAGGAGCUAGCCCUGGUCAUUGUGGAGAGUGCAUGGUCAGGUAUAAAGCCGACUCGAAGGAGCCAAACAGUAUGUGCACGAUAAAGACAACAGAAGAACUGGAAAAGGUCAUUACAGUUCAACCAGAAACAGAACUUGAACCAAGAUCAAGCGUAUCUAGAGAAAAAAAUGAUAAUCCACACGAGAAAAGCGCGUCACACCCCCUUGCCAAUCUUCCAGUGUGGAUUCCCGCGGGAAUCUUGCUGUUUCUGAUUUUAAUAGCACUACUAUGUGCAGUGUAUGCCGGAACUCGUAGAGGACAGCACAGUGUAACCAGGAAUAGACUACCACCGAAUUCAGAUAAAGCUUUGGUAGAAUCAAAAGCAGCCCUGAUUAGCAGUGAAAGUAGCUUUGGCGAAGACAAUAUCGAGAUAGACGGCAACGAGAAAGAGAAAGUGAGGGGAGAACGUCCAACACUUGUUACGAUUGAUGAGUUUGCUGCGAUGGACAGUGCAUAUGGUGUAACAAGGAUUCCGCAAGAACAUAACAAAGUGAAAACAUACUAUGAUAGAGUUCUGGGCAAAGAUGAUAAAACACUUACUAUGGCUGCCAGUGGUAUACAUGGUGAAAGACGGCAUGAACUGUUUCAUUCCUACCUGAAAAUAGAGAAAUCCAAGACUGAUCCGGAAGAAGAAAAAUGGCGAUUGGAAAUAAUAUCUUUCCCUGCAUAUAUUCUGGAAGUACUGAAAAUAUGGCUGCAACAGGCUGACAAGGAGGCCACUGUCAAAGCUCUUUGCAAUGCACUGAAAAUGGCAAGCUUUGAUAAAGUUGUUGAUGAGAUACUAGAUCUACCAGAAAAUCAAACCCCACCCACAAACGUUGAGAUUAAAGAAACGAUCGAGAUUAACAUAGCUGAUGUAAAAUACUCCGAAAACAAAUUCGGUUUCAUUGGUAAAGAGAAUUGAAUAUGUCUGGCUCGUAAGCUUUACAAUUUUUAUUUAAGUAGAACAUUAUGUAAGCAUGAUAAAGAAAGGAACCAAGUUAGGCAAUUACUUCCUAUUUUAUUCUUGAGCGAUAUGUAGGCCUACAGGCUAUGUCGCUAUGAUUCUAGAAGCUAAUAACACUAUGCAGGUAUAUUAAAUUAAAUAGGGCAAUAGCUUUUGUAAUUAUUUUUUGAUAUAUUUUUUUCAUUUUCAUCUAAUUUAUAUUUUAAGUUACCGACAAAGUAAAGUUAGAAGACAUUUACCAAACUGUUAUAUAGGCUCCAUUCUGCACGUACAACUAAACCGACUCUUCGCGUCUAUUUUGCUCAGACAAUAUCUCUGGAAUUCCAGUUUUAUGUUAAUGGUUCAGUUUUGUUGACUCUAUCAACAAUUGUAAGUAGCAUAUGCCGUAAUUGUAAACGUUUAGUCUAGAAAUUAUGCAGUUCAAACUCGAUAUCUCGAACUCGAAGGGAUCCAGCGUUUUACUUUAAGGUAACCGAAGUUCGACUUAAUGUGAUAUUUUGUGCACAUUUUUUUCUAGACGGGGUUUGAGAUAGGCGGAUUUUUAGAUAAGCGAGUUCUAGAUAUCGAGUUCAUGUAAUCGACAUGUUUUGAUUUAUUUCAUGUUUGUGUACAAUAUAAUCAUUACAUCAUUUGAACCAAUAUGUAUAGUAUGCUUCAAUAAUUUUAACAAACAGACAGAUUUUAACUAAUCUUUAGAUUACAAAAAUCAUGUACAAGCUUGAUGUAAAAAUAUACAGUUAAAUGUUCUCAUAAUUUGGGCGUCUACCAGAGUAGUUUGGUGAUAUUUCUUUCAUUAUUUUUGGCUGAUUUUUCUUUCUUUGCUUUGGUAACGUACUGAAUUUACAAGAAAAUCAAACUCCAUCCACAUACAUUGAGAUUAAAGAUACGAUAGAUAUUACUUUUACUUAAGAAAUGAUAUAUCCCAGACAGUGACUUGUAGUUGAAUAAAAUCACUGCCUGGAGUUCAUAUGUGAAGGAAUUAUAUGCUGAGUGAUAAUAAUAUACAUGUAAUUGACAAACUAUGAUUUUUUCAAGAGAAAAGUACUGUUUGAGAGAUAUUAUUUCGAUUCUAACACGUUAUUAAGAAAUUAUAUAUAUAUAUAUAUAUAUAUAUCUCUCUCUCUCUCUCUCUCUCUCUCUCUCUCUCUCUUUGAAUUUAUUAAUAAACUUGGAAAUUAAACUUGGAAUACAUUCACAAAUUAUCUUCAUGUUAGUGUAAUUGUCUUUUCUAGCGCGUCGCUACAUGACAUUCCACUUUAUGAUGUAAGAAUUUUUACGUACAAACAUUUCAGUCUUCUUUGUUUAACAGGAAAAUAAUUCGUGUCGUGUUAGAAAGAUGAAAAAUAAUUAACACACAAUCUCAGUGCAUCGGACAACCGAAUUAAAUAUGUACGACACUAGCUUUACAAUUUCUGUUUGAAAUAGAACAAUAUAUAAGCGGGCAUGAUAGAUGCUUUCUGUUUUAUUUUAUAGUGAUAUGUACCAGUGAAAUCACUAUGAUUUUUGAAAUUUGUACAACGAUGCGCUUGAAAUGAAUUAAACAGGUCACUAUUUUUGAUAUUUUUUUAUUGUUUACUACUUUUGAUGUUUCAUUUCAUUUUUACCUGUUUUCCUUUUUAGUUGCAAACAAAAUGGAAUUAUAAUGGCCAUUACCAAACUGUUCUCCAUGCGAGAAUAUACAUGUAUAAUUAAAGCAAUCUUUCCAAUUUAUUUUACUCAGGCUAUGUCUCAUUGUAAUUCCAGUUUUAUUUUUUUAGUUAAGUUACGUUUAGUUUUGUUGUCUUAAUCAACAAUUGUAAAUACCAUGUACCGUUAUCAUUUAUAUUUAGUCAGAAAAUUAUAUAUAUAAGCAUGUUUGGUUAAUUCUCAUGUUUUUGUACAAUGUGAUCAUUACAUCAUUUACCAGACCAUUUGAGUGGGUGUCUGUAUGCAGUAAUUUUAACAGAUAUUAGACAGACAGGUAGAUAGACAAGGCUUAGUGUCUACAUUUUUCAGCAAGAUACAACAGUUAUAUAACAGCGUUAUGUAUAAUAUACAUUUAUAUGUUUUCGUAAUCUGGUGAUAAAUGUCAUAUUUCCAUUUGACUUUUGUAAUUUGUGGGUGGGGUGUAAAAGCGUAGGGAAAAGUGUCUACUUUUAAAGACAUACACAGUAUAUUUUUACGAGCAUUAUAUAUUUGAGACUUCGUUAAACAUCUCAUUUUUUACUUCCGCGAGGUGUCUCAUUUUGUCAUACGGUCCGUGUCUGCCUAGUCCCAAUAUUUUGUUUUCAUCUGUUUUUUUUUUCUUUUUAACGCUUUGCUCAAAACUUAAUUCCAGACUAUCAAGACACACGUGGCAUAUAUGUUAAGCCAUAAACAUGUGUUCAUUUAAAUCACGAAUCUCACCUUUUUUUCCAUUUUUCAAAAUACUCCCUUUGCUGGCCAGCUUGGCUCAAUCUACAGAUCGCGAGAUCCUGAGUUCGAUCCCCGGCCGAGGCGUAUAUGUACUUCGUGACGAUUUCAUAAAAGACAUUGUAUCUAAAAAUCAUACGUCCUCUGAUUGAUAUGAAGAAGUUGGUUUUUACUUACGGAGAACAGGUUAGGAUUGGUACUGAAUUCAGGGAUGCUGGUUAGGUUACUGAACAGCCCGCCAUUACUGUUGAAAAAAAAGACAGCUUUUAACCAAAAACAAAUAUUCCCUGAGAAAGUCCUGGUUAUAAAUUGUUUCUGACUUGUGCAAUAAGAUCAUACUAUAUAUGUAUAUGUAGCAUAUACAACAUUUCAUAUGUUUGCUACAAUUCUCUAUAGUGGUUUAAACAUGCAAGCACUGGAUUAAUAAAAGUGACAUCGGUUUUGUUGUGAUUAUCAUAUCGUUACAGAUCUUAAUUCAAUUACAUUUUUUUUUUCAAAUGCAUGUUUAACAUGUAUAAUAUGUUACUCGACAUGUGAUAUUGUUGUUUGAGUCAGUUAUUUAAAGCAUUACGUUUUUAAAGUUUAUUGUACUUGGUGAUUAGAAAAAGGUAUUUUAUAGUGCACAUUUUUCUGUUCCAGUUUGACGUUUUAAAACUAGAUUUUUAUGUAUGUUAGUAUUCACGGAAUAAUAUUUCUGAUGCCAAGCAAUACACGCUCCCUGUUUCAGUUUCUUUUGUUUGUUUUAUACUUUGUUUACCUUUAUAUACCAUGUGGAUUAUCAUUAAUAAAGUUGAUACAGUU